GCAGCCAACUCUUAAGGUGUCAUUACUGGAACUAAUUGCCUGCCUUUUUAGUGGGCACAUCCCCACCCGCAGCAUGUCUGUAUCAAAACAUGCCCAAUUGGCCACCACCAAAAGUACAUUCCGUCCUUUUCCCAAAGCUACGCCUUGUCAUGAAAUACUACCUACCUGAGCUACAUUAAACACUCCCUAUAUUCAAACAGUACCUACCUACCUUACCUAGGCUACCGGUAGAUGAAACUGUCGGUUUCGGGGAGAAAAUAAGACCGUUGACAGAACGGGGCGACCUUGAUCUGCCUGUUUGGCCUGGUCAUGUACCCUGGGCCCAUGCCAAAAUAGAGGGGACAACCGCCGAUUGGGAACCAGACCCUCACAUUGGAUCUCAGCCCGCACCCCCGGCCGGCCGGCUGGCUUUUCUUCAUCCAUCACAACCACCAACCAACCCGUUAUCGCCCUUCGCCAUGUCAAUAAACUGGGUGAUGCUGUCCCGCGAGGGAGACAUUGUCAAGUUGCCACACGAGAAAAUCAUCCACAAGCAAACGUCAAGGAUAUCACUGGAACUGUCGAGGCCAAACUCGCUAGCCGAUGCGCCUGCCUUUGAUGUCAAGAGUGACAGUGGAACAGUGUAUAUCACAACUGGGAGGGUUAUAUACCUACCAGCCACACCAACACCCGAGUUCAAAUCCUUUUCAGCGCCCAUACUCAACUUUGAGGACACGCACAUUGGAUCGGGGUGGUUCAGCGCAUCUUACUGGACCGGGCUGGUCAGGCCCGUAACGGGCGGCAAUGUACCACAAGGCUUGCCGCGCCUUGAAAUCAAGUUGACGUUCAAGGAUGGCGGUUGGAGCGACUUUAGGGAGGCGUACCAGACGAUCAGAGAUCGCCUCCAGCACGCGCAGGACAUCCGGGCCGAGACGGGCCAGGUGAUUGCCGUGGAUGAGGACCUGCCGCAGUACGAAGAAUCGCCUAGCAAUCCACCCGCGUCAAGUACACACUCUUCAGGUCUGGCCGCUCCCUCCCAACCUUCGCGGACGUCAUCAACACAGCCGCAACCCGACGAACCUCCGCCAGGUUAUGAGGAAGCCCAAGCCCAGGCGCUGGGUAACAGGAUGGAGGAGGCAGGGAGGGAUCAGGCGGAGAGGCACUGAGAUCUUCUUUUUUUUACCCUUCGCAUUACGAAAUGUUUCAGGACGACGAAUGACUUUACGCGCCAAUGAAAAGUUGGAUGAUGAGCGUUGCUGGAAACUCCUGUUUUUGUUGUAUAUUUAGAUUGCCUACAAUACCAUGAUGUCGGUUAUGUUGCCA